AGAAGCCACCUUCAGCUCAUCUCUCAUCACUCUACUGAAAUUGAAACAGCAACCGAUUCCAAUUUCAACUCGAAAAUCAAAAUCCGAAGCAGUUUUUCCACCGAUCUACACUCACUAAUCACUCUCAUUCCCCUCCAGAUAAGAAGGAAGUAGAUCCACCGCAAAAACCGAGGAAAAAUGAGAGAAAUCCUGCACAUCCAGGGCGGGCAAUGCGGCAACCAGAUCGGCGCCAAAUUCUGGGAGGUGAUCUGCGACGAGCACGGCAUCGAUCAGACGGGGAGAUACAACGGCCAAUCCGACCUCCAGCUCGAGCGCGUCAACGUCUACUACAACGAGGCCAGCGGCGGGAGGUACGUCCCACGCGCGGUGCUCAUGGACCUCGAGCCCGGCACCAUGGACUCCGUCAGAUCCGGGCCAUACGGCCAGAUUUUCAGGCCGGAUAAUUUCGUCUUCGGCCAGUCCGGCGCCGGGAAUAAUUGGGCGAAGGGGCAUUACACCGAGGGAGCGGAGCUCAUCGACUCCGUGCUCGACGUCGUGCGCAAGGAGGCGGAGAAUUGUGACUGCUUGCAAGGAUUUCAAGUAUGUCACUCCUUGGGUGGAGGCACGGGAUCCGGCAUGGGAACCCUUCUCAUCUCCAAGAUCAGAGAGGAGUAUCCAGACAGGAUGAUGUUAACAUUCUCCGUCUUUCCAUCUCCGAAGGUAUCCGACACUGUUGUUGAGCCAUACAAUGCCACGUUGUCUGUUCAUCAACUCGUUGAGAAUGCAGACGAGUGUAUGGUUUUGGAUAACGAGGCUCUCUAUGAUAUCUGCUUCCGUACUCUUAAGCUUUCAACUCCCACCUUUGGCGAUCUCAACCACCUUAUCUCCGCCACCAUGAGUGGUGUCACAUGCUGUCUCCGUUUCCCAGGCCAACUCAACUCCGACCUCAGGAAACUUGCCGUCAACCUUAUCCCCUUCCCACGACUUCAUUUCUUCAUGGUUGGGUUCGCGCCCUUGACCUCCCGAGGCUCCCAGCAGUACAGGGCUCUGACCGUACCCGAACUCACUCAGCAGAUGUGGGAUGCAAAGAACAUGAUGUGCGCAGCAGACCCACGCCAUGGACGCUACUUGACUGCCUCAGCCAUGUUCCGUGGCAAGAUGAGCACCAAAGAAGUUGACGAGCAGAUGAUCAACGUGCAGAACAAGAAUUCGUCCUAUUUUGUCGAGUGGAUCCCCAACAACGUGAAGUCCAGUGUCUGUGACAUCCCUCCCACAGGUCUGAAAAUGGCUUCCACCUUCAUCGGAAACUCCACCUCGAUCCAGGAGAUGUUCAGACGCGUGAGCGAGCAGUUCACUGCAAUGUUCAGGCGCAAGGCUUUCUUGCAUUGGUACACCGGUGAAGGGAUGGACGAGAUGGAGUUCACCGAGGCUGAAAGCAACAUGAACGACCUUGUGGCAGAGUAUCAGCAGUACCAGGAUGCGACGGCCGAUGAUGAGGAGUAUGAGGACGAAGAGGAGGAAGCUUGAUGUGAUUUUAUGAGUUCCCAUGGUAUGUCCAAAUCUCAUGGUCAUUGGUUUUUUAUGAGUGUGUUACUAUUGUGUCUUAAUGUUUAGGAAUAUACUUAGAUGUAUUUGUCCAUAUGUAUGAUAUGAUUUGUGGUUUUGUCAUGUUUGAGAGAGGUGUGUGAUAAUGAUAAUGAAUGUUUGUGAAUUGUGAUCUAUUAGAUUUUCAA